AUGUCGGAAUCAUCGAGUCCAGCUUCAGUCCAAUCGGCCUCGCCAUCCAUCGAGACGCUGGUGCGGGGACGACUUAGCAUGAACCACCGCGCCUGCCCGUACAAACCCCUCUCCGCCUCCCACUUCGACUCGCUCAAGCAGCACACCGUCAUCGAGAAAACAGGAGAGCGGGGUCAAUGGUGCGAACGGCACGGGUUUCUGGUCCUGCCGGAUGAAAGUGCGAAGGAGAGAAUUGCGGUGCCGGAGGAGCGACGUGGGAUUGAGUUGGUGUCGACGCCUUCAGUAGCGGUCAGGUCCGAACACAGGUUUCGGGUGUCGAAGAGGAGGAAACCGAAACGAAUGAAGGUGAGGGUAUGGAUUGAUUGCGACCAUUGCGUGCAGAUGCUCGGCCGUAAAGAGUGGGUGUAUGAGGCGGACGACGAUUUGCUGGCUGCUGUGCAGCUGGCUGUGGUUUGA